AUCCCUUUAACUUCACGUAAUGUGAAAUGAAACUGGAAGUUCUCCUCUGAGCUGCGCGGUCGUACAGGUCUGUCUGCUUUCUUCUACAGACAAAUUCAGCUGAAUCCAACAGGUGUUGCGAACCCAAUUGUAGAUAUGUCGGCCACCAGCUGCCUGCUGACUGAGGAUCAGUUCCUGUGCGCCAUCUGUCUGGAUGUGUUCACUGAUCCAGUCGCCAUACCAUGUGGACACAAUUUCUGCAAAAAGUGCAUCACUGAACACUGGGAUAUUAAUGACUCAUGUCAGUGUCCCGUUUGUAAAAAGGUUUUCAGCACAAGACCUGAGCUGCACAUCAAUACUUUUAUCUCUGUGAUGGCUGCUCAGUUCAAACAGUCAGCUCAACAGAAGGCCAGUAGCAUCAGCAGCUCAGAGGAGCCAGUUUCAAAACCAGGAGAAGUUCCCUGUGACGUCUGUACUGGAACCAGAGCGAAGGCCCUGAAGUCCUGCCUGGUUUGUCUGACCUCCUACUGCGAGACUCACCUUGAGCCUCAUCUGACAGCUCCAAGUCUGAAAAGACAUCAGCUGGUUGACCCUGUGGAGAACCUAGAAGGCAGGAUGUGCACAAAGCACAACAAGCUGCUGGAGCUGUUCUGCAAGACUGACCACAUGUUUGUCUGCAUGCUCUGCACUGUUUUGGACCACAAAGUACAUAUUGUUGUUCCUCUGGAAGAAGAAUAUGAAGCAAAGAAGGCCGAGCUGGGGAGGACAGAGGCUGGAAUUCAGCAAAAAAUCCAGCAGAAACAGCAGAAGAUUCAAGAGUUCAAUCGUUCAGUGGAGCUCAGCGAUGAGAAUGCAGAUGGAAUGAUUGCACAAGGUGUGCAGAUCUUCACCGCUUUGAAGGAAUCUGGGGAGAGAGCCCAAGCAGAGUUCACUGACUCAAUAAAGGAGAAGCAGAGAAAGACAGGGGAGCAGGCUGAAGGCUUUGUCAAAGAGCUGGAACAAGAAAUCUCUGAGUUGAAGAAGAAAAGUGCUGAGGUGGAGCAGAUCUCACACUCUGAGGACCACCUCCAGCUUCUCAAGAGCUUCCAGAUCCUGAGCCCUGCUCCAGAUUUUAAAGACUGGACCAACGUUGGGAUCAUUCCACCUUCAUAUGAAGCAAAUGUGGAUGAUGCGAAGGAAGCACUAAUUGAACAGGUGAAGAAGCUGUUUGCUGAAGUCAAAAUGAAGAAGAUCCAACAGUAUGCAGUGGAUGUGACACUUGAUCCUGAUACAGCAAAUCCUAAACUUAUCGUGUCUGAUGAUGGAAAACAAGUUCAACACUGUAACAUGAAGCAGAAUCUCCCAGACACUCCAGGUAGAUUUGAUUAUUGUGUUAAUGUCUUGGCAAGGCAGGGUUUCUCCUCUGGCAAGUUUUACUUCGAGGUUCAGGUCAAAGGGAAGAUCAAGUGGACUAUAGGAGUGGUCAGAGAGUCUAUCAGUAGGAAAGGACACGUCCAACUGAGUGCUGAGAAUGGUUGCUGGACAAUAGGUAUGAAGAAUGAAAAUGAAUACAAAGCUCUUAACGGCACAGAUGUUUCUCUCACUCUGAAGUCUCAGCCUGAGAAGAUUGGGGUGUUUGUGGAUUUCGAGGGGCGUCGGGUCUCCUUUUACGAUGUCGACACUGCAGGUCAUAUCUGCUCCUUUACUGGCGUCUCCUCUGCAGGGAAAAUCUUCCCAUUCUUUAAUCCGGGUCCUAACCUUGGUGGUAAAAACUCUGCUCCUCUGAUCAUCUCACCUGUCAAUCAAACUGAGUAGAGCAACUGCGUGAUCUUCAGUAAAAGCCUUAUCUUUUCAUAUCAUAAAAGUACAUUAAGUGUUAAUACACUUUUUCUGUUUUCAGUUCAAUAUGGGCUUUUCCCUUUUUCCCCAUAAAUGUUUUUAAUGAUGUAUGAAAUAGCUACUUAAAACUACAAGAGAUAAAUUGUAAUGCAUUGAUACAAAUAAUCAGAUCUAUCCUCAUAAGUGCAUCCCUGCCUUCAGGACUGAUAAAUCAACCAAAAUCAAUGCCAGCAUUUGCAUGUAUCUUUAUGUCUGUCUGCUGAAUGUAAAGCCUUUGUUAUUGCCCUAUCAUGGUAUAUAUGAGAAGUUUUGCAUACCAGCAUGAAAUGCUUAAGACCAAUCAGGGAACAAGACAUGAGUCGUUUCCUUCCUCUGCUUUCUUUAAAAUUAAAAUUGGAUAAUUUUAA